AUGUCCACUCGUUACCACCAAGCUGCUAGCGAUAGCUACCUGGAACUUCUGAAAGAGGCUACCAAGCGAGAUCUGAAUCUUUCUGACGAAGAUGGCAUGACUCCCACUCUCCUGGCAGCCUAUCAUGGGAACUUGGAAGCCCUCGAAAUAAUAUGCAGCAGAGGAGGGGAUCCUGAUAGAUGUGAUAUCUGGGGAAAUACUCCUCUCCAUUAUGCAGCUUCCAACGGCCAUGCCCACUGUGUCUCAUUCCUCAUCAAGUUUGGGGCCAACAUCUUUGCCCUGGAUAAUGACUUACAGUCUCCACUGGAUGCUGCUGCCAGCAGGGAGCAGAAUGAAUGUGUGGCCCUCCUAGAUAAUGCUGCCACUACCCAGAAUAGCAUAAACCCCAAGAGGGUCACAAGGCUGAAGGAGCAAGCUCAGAAGAAUGCCAGGAAGCAGAUCAAAGAGUGCGAAAGGCUCCAAGAGAAGCACCAACAUAAGAUGGCCCGUUCCUACAGCAAGGAAGAAUCUGGGACCCUCUCUACAUCCAAGGGCACCUUCUCCGACGCAUCUUUUUCAAGUGCUUCUGCCUCCAGUACAUUCGGGUCACUGUCUAAGGGCAUUAAAGACACUUUCAAGUUAAAGUUUAAGAAGAACAAAGACACAGCAGAAAAGAUGGAAAAGGAAAAUAGAAUUGGGCAGAGGAACGUGAUGGAAGUGUUCAGAGAAGAGGAAGAAAACUCAUUCUUAGAGGACUUCAGAGAGAAGCUCCAGAUCUCAGCAGAGGAAGGCAGCAGUGGGCAACAUGAAUCCAUUCUCAAUCGUCCAGGUCUAGGAAACAUCAUUUUUCAAGGAAACAGAGCAUCAAGCCUUGAAGAUGUCUCAGAGAGAAAGAGGGAGUUGGGAUUCCAAAUGCCUGUGGAAUUGCUUCAGAGAGGAGAAGCAGAGGCUGAUGAAGCUGAGGCUGAUGAAGAGGGAGAGGACAUCAGGCCCGAAGAUGACCUGCCCUGGGAUGAUGCUGAAGUGGAGUGGGAAGAGGACGUGGCGAACGCCACUCCCCUGGAAGUGUUCCUGCAGUCCCAUCAUCUGGAAGAAGUCCUCCCCAUCUUGAUGAGAGAGGAGAUCGAUCUAGAAGCUCUAUUGCUUUGCUCUGACGAGGAUCUUCAAAACAUCCAAAUGCACUUGGGUCCCAGGAAGAAAGUUCUUAAUGCCAUAAAUAGAAGGAAGCAAGUACUGCAACAGCCUGGGCAGCUGGUUGACACCAGUCUCUGAUGGAGAGGGGUGGGUCCACAGAGUGAGCUCGCAUCAUUGAGAAGCACUCCAGGCAGCGUCCCUUCUCUACUCCAUGCCAGACCAUUGGGAAUGGCUCCUAGGGUUUUAGAGAUGCCUACCCCAGAAAGAAGUCCAAAUUUUGUCUGGGAAAUUCUCUGUACCCCAUCCAAAUAAACCAUUAUCCAGACACUAAAGAUGACCUAUGAACAAGAAAAUGGCGUUUUUCUCCAAUUGUCUUUUUGAUGUGUGUGGAUGAAGAAAGGGUCAAAUGGAUGACAGAAAGGGGAAAGAAGCUUUCUUUACUUUUCUAAAUUUGGGUUUAAGUGUACAAUCUCUCAUCAUACUUGUAUGCUGCUUACUUUCUAGUCGUGAUAGGCUGGGGUUCUAACUAUGGUUCUGCUGUUGGCUCUAUGACUUUAUCUGAUGGUGGAGACUGCAAUUUCAAUGGAGGCAUCGGCCUGAGGCUUGAUGCCCCACUUCAGUGCAUCUAACCUUUUACUACACUUGAUCUUAGCCAAAAGGCCGAGAAACAAUCAAUCUAACCAUUUAACAGACUUUUACACGCUCGCAAAUAUUGGAAGUGGGUCUGUCAUACUCCUAGCUGAGAGGCCGUAUGGCAGGUUGGAAGAGUAAAGAAAGAAAAUAUAAGGCACCUAUCAGAAACUGAAUCGUACCAACAAAGUGGACUUAAUUCAUCAAUGUAACUGUUUUUGGAGAGGGCCUUUAAAUAGGUGAUUAAGAAUAAAUGAGAUCCUAAGGAUGGGUCCAUAAUCUCAUGUACUUGGUGUCCAUAUAAGAAAAGAAAACGAUGCUAAGGAUGCAUGUUGACACGGAAGGAUGCAUGUUGUGAGGACACAACACCAUCUCAUAGUGGCCAUCUGCAUGUGAAGGAGAGAGGCCC